GGUGAGUUGUCGGCCCCAUUCUCUUUCACCUCGAUUCGAAGCGCACCAGUUGCUCACGAAAAUGCCUUCUUAUAGGAACUCAAUCCCGACCUUCAAGAUGGCUAUGUAUGUGGGUGUUGGUCCGAAGUUAUUCACAAAGAGAUCUUUGCAAGUAUCCAAAGUCGCUGCAUUCAACCCAACACACACAGACGACACUCCGAUCGCCAAUACGAGGGACGGAUUGUGAGCUGAGACAAUGGGCGUUUGGUUCGGAAUCGAGGAAGUUGGGCGCCCGUUCAUUUAAGUUGUCUUGUAAGAUGAAGCGCUCGGGUCCUGCAACCAGUGCUAUGUGCAUUUUCUUGUACGUAAGAACGACAUUGAUGGUUGUGACAAACAUUCGACAGGGUCUCGCGCAUCCUCUCAACUCCAGCAUAUUCCUUCCGAUCUGUAUAUUUUCGAACAAAGCGAACCUAGCUACGAGAAUGCACCGCUUAAAUAUGUCCUCGACCCCUAACGUUUCGUCUCCCAGGCUGGUGUCAGACAUGAUAUCCUACAAGAAGCCAAGGAACUCACCAGAUGUCGCUGUCUACCAUGCAAAAAUCGCAAAUCCAAUACUACCUCUAGACAGACAUACCCUGGGGCUUCAUGGCAUGGCGAAACGGCGACGCUCACAUUGGCGAUUCGUGACCGAGGUCCUGUUGGUGAAGAGACCAUGCGUUGUGCUGGCAUUUCAGCCCAACUCUACGAAAUGUGAAAGGUCCAUCUGAUAAGGAAGCGGGAUUUCCUAAAGACCGGAUACCGGCUGAUGAAUUGACCUGUAAUUCAGAUUCCACAUUUCCGUCCAACGCGUACUCAGUAUCAUUACUUUGACCGUCUACUCUGAUCCUACUCGAUAUUGGCCUUCUCGAUCUUUCUCUUCCUCUCCAACAGCUCACAUUCAACUCCUGAGAGAUCAACGUGAGUAAACUUGUCCAACGGACAUGAAAGGAUAAGGGGCGGCACACGAACGAGUUAAUCUUAGGUAACAAUAAUGAUUUGCAUAGCGCUGACACGUCGAACUGCGAGAG